AUGGCAGAAAUCAAUGGGCGUACUACCAAGAAGAAGAGCCUGGUGCUCAAUGCCUUUGUUGAGAUGUGCAGUGGGCAUCAGUCGCCAGGACUUUGGAGACACCCUGAUGACCAGUCAUGGCGAUUUAACGAAGUCAGUCAUUGGGUUCAGCUGGCAAAACUUCUGGAAGAAUCCAAGUUCCACGGCAUCUUCAUUGCAGAUGUUCUAGGUGGUUACGACGUGUACAGUAGUUCCCUAGACCCGGCCAAGAUAUCUGGAGCGCAAUGGCCAGUCAACGAGCCCCUGGCUGUGAUUUCAGCUAUGGCUGCUGUGACAAAGAGUUUGGGCUUCGGCGUCACGGUCUCGACCACCUACGAGCAGCCUUAUCACCUCGCCAGGAGGCUCUCUACACUUGAUCAUUUGACUGGUGGAAGGUCAAUCGUCACCAGUUAUCUCGACUCAGCCGCUAAGAACAUGGGUCUGACUGAGCAGCCCAAGCACGAUGACCGCUACGCCCAAGCUGAAGAGUACAUGAAGGUCAUGUACAAGCUCUUCGAAUCCUCCUGGCGCGACGACGCCGUGCAACUAAACCGCAAGACAGGAGUUUACACCCAGCCAGACCUAGUACGCCAAAUCAACCACUCUGGUAAAUUCUUCAACGUUCCCGGCCCGCACAUCUGCCAGCCGAGCCCCCAGAGAACCCCCCUAUUACUCCAAGCGGGCACAUCCAAGGCCGGCAAACAGUUCGCCGCCCAGCACGCAGAAGCCAUCUUCAUGUCGGCCCACUCACCAGCCGUGUGCGCCAAGAACAUUUCCGAGAUCCGUGAAUUGGCUAAAUCUCAGUAUGGGCGCGAUGGGUUGAAUAUCAAGGUGUUGGCGCUAGUAACUCCCAUUUUGGGGAGGACGGAGGAGGAGGCACAGGCGAAGUUGAAGGAUUACAGACAGUAUGCCUCACAUGAGGGCGCAUUGGUGCUGUUUGGGGGAUGGACGGGUAUGGAUCUUAGUAAGUAUGGGGAUGAGGAGGAGUUAACGGAAGUCGAGAGCAAUGCUGUGCGAUCAACCGUUGAGGGAUACGCUAGGUUCUCCCCGGCUACGUCGAAGUGGACGAAGCACACGAUUGCCGAACAUGUGAGUGUGGGUGGCAAUGGACCCAUCUUGGUGGGCACUGCAAGCCAAGUUGCCGACGGCUUGGAGAUCUGGAUUGAGGAAGCAGACGUAGAUGGAUUCAACUUUGCAUACGCGCUGUUCCCGCAAUCCUUCAAGGACAUUAUUGAUCUUCUCAUCCCAGAGCUUCGCAAACGAGGUCUAUUCUGGGAUGACUAUGCGGUUCUGGAGGGCACGUACAGAGAGAACUUCUACCAGAAACCGGGACAAAAAGGACCGUUGGAUGAGCAUGUCGCCUCUACCUACCGGUGGAAGGCUGGGGUUUCUGCGCAAGAACAUAAAAUCCCGGCGUAG